AUGGACAGCGAUGCCGGUGCUAUUCUGGGACACAUUGAUGCUGCCGCUUUUUUGCACAUCUGGCAGCGCUUUGACACGGAUGAUAAUGGAUACAUAGAAGGGAAGGAACUUGAUGAUUUCUUUCAUCACCUGAUGAAGAAGAUGGGUACAGAGGAAGCUAUAACCAAAGAGAGACUUCAAGAGGUGAAAAAACGUUUUGUGGCUGCCUAUGGCAUCUCUGAAGAUGGACGACUACAGAUACAGGAGCUUGCCAAGAUCAUCUUGCCAGAAGAUGAAAACUUUCUCCUGCUCUUUCGCCGAGAAACUCCCUUGGAAAAUAGUGUUGAGUUUAUGCAAAUUUGGCGCAAAUAUGAUGCUGAUAGCAGUGGAUUUAUCUCGUCUGGGGAGCUGCAGAACUUUCUUCGAGAUCUUUUCCAACAUAACAAGAAGACCAUUCCUGAGGCCAAACUGGGUGAAUAUACUGAUACAAUGAUGAAGAUCUUCGACAAAAACAAAGAUGGCCGGUUGGAUCUGAAUGACUUAGCAAGGAUUCUGGCUCUCCAGGAAAACUUCCUGCUUCAAUUUAAGAUGGAUGCCUGUAGUACUGAAGAAAGAAAGAGGGAUUUUGAGAAAAUCUUUGCUCACUAUGAUGUUAGUAAAACUGGAGCCCUGGAAGGCCCAGAAGUGGAUGGAUUUGUCAAAGAUAUGAUGGAACUUGUCAAGCCCAGCAUCAGUGGAGUAGACCUGGAUAAGUUUCGAGAGAUCUUGCUCCGGCACUGCGAUGUAAACAAGGAUGGGAAAAUUCAGAAGUCUGAGUUGGCUUUGUGUCUUGGUUUAAAAGUCAGCCCCUAA